AUGGUAGUCAAUAUAGAGGAAGCUUCAGCAAAAAUGCAGACUCCAGGAUUGCGUCGCCAGGGGACAAAUCGGCCACCCAGUGAGCGCAUGCGCAGUCGGGACAUGCAGGGGCUGCUCCGCCGGGGCAGCGGGCAGGAUGGUGAGUGCAGGCGGGAGCCGGGUCUGGGUUCCACGCGCCUGGAAGCGUGCGUGCGGGUGGCUCUCGGUCCCCGCGCACUCUGGGCCGCCGCGUGGGGGCUCCUGCUGCUCGGCGCGCCGGCGGGGGCACAGCGCGGCCGCAAGAAGGUCGUACACGUGCUCGAGGGCGAGUCGGGCUCCGUGGUGGUGCAGACGGCGCCGGGACAGGUGGUCAGCCACCGCGGAGGCACCAUCGUCUUGCCCUGCCGCUACCACUACGAGGCGGCCGCUCACGAUCACGACGGCGUCCGUCUUAAGUGGACAAAGGUUGUGGACCCGUUGGCCUUCGCCGAUGUCUUCGUGGCCCUGGGUUCCCAGCAUAGAGCCUUCGGUAGCUACCGCGGGCGGGCUGAGCUGCAGAACGACGGACCUGGAGAUGCCUCCUUGGUCCUCCGAAAUGUCACCCUGCAGGACUACGGCCGCUAUGAAUGUGAAGUCACCAAUGAGCUGGAAGAUGACGCUGGCAUGGUUAAGCUGGACCUGGAAGGUGUGGUCUUCCCAUAUCACCCCCGUGGAGGCCGUUACAAGCUGACCUUCUUGGAGGCACAGCGUGCAUGCGCAGAGCAGGACGGUAUUCUGGCUUCGGCGGAGCAGCUGCAUGCGGCCUGGCGCGAUGGCCUGGACUGGUGUAACGCGGGCUGGCUGCGCGACGGCUCGGUACAGUACCCGGUGAGCCAGGCUCGGGAGCCCUGUGGCGGCCUGGGCGGGGCCGGGAACACCGGGGCCGGCGGCGGCACCAACGGGGGAGUGCGCAACUAUGGAUAUCGCCAUAAUGCUGAGGAACGCUACGACGCCUUCUGCUUCACAUCCAACCUCCCGGGGCGCGUGUUCUUCCUGAAGCCUCUGCGGCCAGUGUCCUUCGCGGGAGCGGCGCGCGCAUGCGCGGCGCGCGGCGCAGCUGUGGCGAAGGUGGGGCAGCUGUUCGCAGCGUGGAAGCUGCAGCUGCUGGACCGCUGCACGGCGGGCUGGCUGGCCGACGGCAGCGCGCGCUACCCCAUCGUGAACCCGCGCGCGCGCUGCGGAGGUUCUCGGCCCGGUGUGCGCAGCCUCGGCUUCCCCGACGCCUCCAGGCGCCUCUUCGGAGUCUACUGCUACCGCGCGCCCGGCGCACCCGACCCUGCUCCUGGGGGCUGGGGCUGGGGCUGGGCCGGCGGCGGAGGCUGGGCUGGAGGCGCACGCGACCCUGCUGCCUGGACCCCGCUGCAUGUUUAGCACCCAGGAGGAUCCACGGCUAGGGGUGUCCUGUGGCCGCCUGAAGACGGACCAUGGCCCUUCCCCAGGCUCUCCAGAAGCGGGACACGCCCCUGCGGUGCGUUGCUGUCCAACCUGACCUCUUUAGGUCCUAGGAUGGAGACUGACCACUCACCGUGAGGUCCCUGGAAUUUGGCCACAUUCCUUAUGUAUGAUCUCUUAGAACUGACAACGCCCCUGGAGUCCUCUGAGACUGGCCAAGCCACCUCUUUGGACAGUGUCUCCCUGACUUUGUCCAGAAGAGCCACACCCCCUGGAGGAUCCCAGCAGGCCACACAGCAGGUCCAAUCAUUUCCUGAAGACAGUCUACCCUGUGGCCUCCUGGAAAUAUGGGUCACUCCAUGCAGUCACCUGGAGGCUGGACCCCCGGGAUUAUCUUGGAAACUGACCACAUACCCUCCACAUUUCCCUGGAAAACCAGUCCUUUCUAGUAACCUUCACACUGAAUUCCUUUCCCCAUAUCACCUCAGGGUUGCCCGGUGACAACGGCCCUGUGCACACAGGGAGAAGUGAACUCAGCUUUUUUUGUUUCCCCUUAGUGACCUGAGACGGGGUAUUACCAUUCUUCCCAAGUCCUUUAAAGUUUCUAGGUUAACAGGACAUGUCCCCAGGUAUCUUUCAGGAAAGCCCUACCCUUCCAGUUUCAUUACAGAACAUGUCCUAGCAGACUUGCAGGAGUGGCAGCAAUGACCCUCCCUCAGGGUGUUUCUCUGGACAGAGAGCAAACCUGCCCCACUGUCCCUUCUCCGGGCCUCUGGUUGUGCUGUCACCAAAGAGAUCGGUUCCUUUGGACCCCAGGGACUCAUGAGAACAUUGUCACUUUGUUAUAGAGACCACCUGCUCGGCUUCUCAGUGUCACCAGGGCCUGGAAUCCAGCUUCUAUCUGUUCCUUAAAAAUCGCACACUCCUUCCCUCAUCAGUCCCACCAUUGGUGAUGGUGCCACAAAUUAUAACCAUGGAUACCCAUGCUUUCCAUCUCAUCAGCCUUUAACCCAGACACCUAAAACCCCACUGCUGGCUGUCCCCACCCUAACCCACCACGAUGGAGAUAGCGAGACAGCUCUUAACCCUGAGUGGACUCAGGGCCGCCCAAUCAUUUGAUUCUUCCACUGUCAUCAUGGUAAUAAGCUGCCCCUUUCCCAAGGCGCAUUUUGCCAUCUCCUUGCAACUGCCCAAGCUCCACCCCCAGCUGAUUUGAGCCCCAUCACUGUUGCCAUGGAGACUCAAACUCGCUUAAGGUAACAGAACACCUGUCCCCCUAGGUUUUCCCUCCAUAACAAGGUCUCAACCCAAGCUGUUGCCAUAGAGAUUGACAAUGUAUUCUCCAUGACAACCCACCUCCCUACUCUCAGGAACUUAUUCCCAUGGGCUAGAUGCCCCUGGGUGCUUCCCAAUGGGACUGCCAAGGGGCUACCUCUUAGCCAGAUGAGCCUAGCUCCAGACUGGACUGGGUUUCCAGAGCUGCUGUGGGCACAUUUGCACGCAAACUAUGUGCCACACAGCAGCUGUGCAUGAGACACCCUUGCAAACCACUCUUCCACUGCUUUUAUUACCAUCUUGCAGACAAGGAAACAGCUAUAGCAAUCCCUGCCCUUUGAGUUACUCAAACCCUGAGCUCUCCUCUUCCCCUUUCCUUCCUUCAAAGGUUAGGUAUUCCCGAAACAGCACAAUCCAAAAGGUUCUGAGGGCAAUGUGUAGGUCAGGACCUAGCCAGACUUUCAAGGGUUGAGAGACAGUCCACAGACAAAGCCCUCAGCCCUCAGCCCUGAGGUCCUGCCUGGUAGGCUCCUGUCAUUCAUCUUUGCAAAACCCAUCUCUGAGUUUAGGAACCAGGGCAACUUGGGCUUGAUCUGUGUGACCAAGUGACAAAAUGUGUCCAGGCUGUUUCCUUCUCUACCAGGGUUGUCUUGAGCCCCCACGGCUGCAAAUCUUACUGCAAGGGUUCAAUAAACCUUCCUUUUGUGAAUGAGAAAA